GCAGGAAACUAACAAUUAUAUCCCAAACAUGAACAAGUUGGAACAAAGUAAAUCUCCUAAGAAUUCAAAGUGGUUAGAGUUUUUCGAAUUGACCAGCCUUCAUGGCUAUGGUUAUUUAUUCAGAGAGAAUAAACCCAUGAGUCAUACGAUUGGAUGGGUUUGUGUGAUCAUUGCAUCAAUGAGUUGUCUUAGCGUCCUCAUGUACAUGAAUAUUGACGAGUUUGUUCGCUCAUCAGUUUCGUUCAACCUUGAAAGUGCUACAGCUCCUUUAUCCGAGGUCUUCUUUCCAUCCAUGGUGAUUUGCAACAUGAAUAAGUUGAGGAAAUCAUUCAUCUAUUCGUUGAUCCGAGAUCCUGCUUUGUCCAACGUAGAGUACCAUGAUCUUCUCCGAAUCGUGGAUCAAGUUUUCAUUGAAGGACUCGACCCAAGCACUGAUCAGGGCUCUCCCAAUGAAGAUGCGAACGAUACUUUGAUCAUUGAUGCCAUAUUAAGCUCUCAGGUUUAUAACGAUCUCUUUGACGAAUCUGUCUCUCAAAUUUUGAGGACAGAUGCCGUUUUGGGCGACAUUCCUGUUUCCAGAUGGCACUUUCUCUCAACGGCUUCAAUCAACAACGAGACAAGAAAUGUCUUCAAACGUUCCAGCAUGGUUGAACUGGCUGCGCAAUUUAGAGAUCGUGACAUGAUAACGCAACUGGAUUUUGGGGGAUAUGGAGCUUUUUAUGCUCCUGCGUUACAUACGGAUAUCUCUGAAACUUGUGCAUGGCUCACUCCAUUUUGGGAGAAGCCAGAUGACCCCCUUCUUUUGUCAACAGUUAGAAAAAACGUGCUCAACGGGGCCAACAACGGAUUUCGAAUAUUAUUGGAUGCGGAAUCUUAUGAUUAUGGAUCCAGUCUGACUGGAUCAGAAGGGUUUUUCAUAGCGAUCCUCCACCAUUUGGACAUCCCCAUUAUGAAAAACUCAGGGAUUCAGAUCGAAACUGGUCAAUCGGUUCUAAUUUCCGUCACGCCCUCUAUAAUCAACACCACACUGCCUUGCAAAAGACGAUUCACCCCGGAGAAACGGCAAUGUUAUUUUGACGAUGAAAUACAUCUACGACAUUUUCCUCCUUCGAUUGGUUAUCGGUAUGAAAUGUCUAAUUGCCUGUUCGAGGCCACACUGCAAAAAGUCGAACAAGACUGUGGCUGUAUCUCGGCAAAAUACAGAUACAACGAUCAAACUUAUCCAAUUUGUGAAGGCGCACAAAAGAAAUGCAUGAAUAAACACAUUGAUCUUAUGGGAACAGAGCGAUACAUCGAUGAUCAGGGAGUGGCCAAACUUUGCUUGGCGGCUUGCCAAGAUCAGAAACACAGCUUUAUGGUCACAUCUGCUGGAUAUGCAAAUGCGGAGUCAUUUCAUUUGAGUCCCGAGUUUUGCUUAGUUUUGAAUAAAAUUCGAAAUUCUUGUGCUGGAGAUCGAAUUGAGAGUCUGAAUGAUUGGGACAUUGAUCUGUGUCCCACCAUCCAGUCAAGUGGAUCCUGGGAUUGUGCAAGUCUGCAAAACAAUGAGGCGGAAAACAUUACAAAUGCCAAUCUGAAGAAGAUUCAUCGCAGUGUAGCUAAAUACGCUCAGAGGAACAUGGCUCGAGUUAAUAUCUUCAUUGGAGAUUCUUACGUCAAAAAGUUCCUCACCGAAGAAAAAAUCACAGAGAUCAGUUUCGUUGGAAACAUCGGGGGACUUAUGGGAUUGUUCGUGGGUUUUAGUUUUAUUAGCGUGGUGGAGUUUUUGUAUUACUAUCUCGUCGUCGGAAAUUGCACAUCACGAGUGUGCAAAAGUAAAAGGAGAAAGAGAAAAACGAACAUCGAAUCCAAGGGCAUCAAGAUUCAUGAGAGCAAAAUCGAUGCAUGGACUUAAGUCUUAGUUUAUCUAACCUUGUCUCACCGCUUUGUGACCCUCUUGCAUCCAUAUGUUUAAUUGUUCUUUUCGAUGUGUCUAGAAUUAAUUCAUAUAUGAGUUUUAGUCUCUCCAUACAAGUCCAUCUUCAAAAAUAUCAGGUUGAACAUGAAUAGAUACUGCUGAAAAAAAUGAAGAGGUUGAUG